GAUCCAUCGUCUCAUUAAACAAGCAUCUUAAACUUUUUCUUAUCAGCAGACUACAAACAGGUGUUACACAAGUGAGCAAACGCAACUUGUGCACAGCUCAUCGAACCCGUGUACGGUGUAGUGCAAAAAUUUUUGGCUGUAGCUCCAGAAGCGUAUACGUUGUGCGAAAGUUUUAGUGUUAAGACUAAUUUACAUUUCACUUAAACCAAAUGGUAAAUAAUAAAUAAUCCGUUCGCUGAGAGAAGAAAAAUGCGAGAAAAAUUCGUUUGUUCGGCUGGAAUGUUAACACGCACAAUGGUGAACUGAAGACAGUGUGAAAUUUUGUAUGGAUUCUAAUAUGUGGAAGGCGUUUUACAAUUCAAGUGAUGGUAGAGAUUUUGAAUAAAAUUGUUGAACAAUGAGCUCGACUAUGAGAUUAGAUUCUUAAUCACACAAGCUAUUUACUGUGAAACGUUACAUUCGGCACAAAUGUUAUGCACGCCCGUGGCGCUCCAAGGAAAAGUCGACGAGAGGUCGCAGUUGGUGGACCGUUACGCCGAGCACAUCCUGCAUCUGGUGCGACAUGGAAUGUACAGGUGGUUCGCGGAAAGAUGACAUCGCGUUGUCUGUGGCACGCCUGCCGAGCAUUGAUGAUCGGAAUUCUGCUGAUGGCUUUGGGCGCCGGAAUGGCCACAAUCGGGUAUUAUGCAGAGGAUCUGUCGAUUGGACAGGAAGUUAGGGGUAAUACCACUGUGCGAAUCAAAAAUGAAUCUCGUGGAUUUCAUCUAAAUAAUCUGUCGUAUGCUGGACCGAUUGUUAUGGGAUUUGGUGGUUUCAUAAUUGUGGCCGCAUGUGUAAUGACAUUUGAAGCAAGAGACUCAGCCGCGAAAGUAGUUCCUGCAAGGUUUAAAUUGAGUACAACCAGAACGAAUAGCUCAUCAAGACGAACAACUGACGAUUCGGGACAGGUGAAUUCGCUGUAUAGUGCCUCGAAAGCAGUUGCCUCCCAAACAAAUCGUUUAGAAAACCGAUCGGAAGUAUUCUCAUCUCCGAUCGAAGCGACUGUGGACAGGGAGACAAUGACCGCUACGUUAACGAAUUUCUCAAAAUCAUUCGGCUCCCCACGGCAUAUGUGCAGAACAAGAUCUCAACCGAGCAGACGAGUAUCACGCAGUGGAUCUGUACCCAACUUAACUACAGAUGCGAUUUCGAACGCAUCGAUGCAGUUAUGUUCUGUGUCGACCAUCCAAAAACCGUACCGUCAUAGAAAUCAUCGAGCUGCUAGUACUGUUGCUAGAUAUCAUAACAUUGGUGCAGAGUGUGUUAAUCCACUGCUAGCUGACACGUUACAUUUUCAGCGACAUAUGUUACCAGUGGCGAAUGGGUCGGAAUCUGCUGAUGACUAUGCAAACGCAAAGAGUCGAAUAAAUGACAGAACAAAGCGGUCAGACACCGCUAAACGGCACAUUUUGUCCAGACAAAAACCUAUUCAUAAAGAUGAACACAGAACACCAAGUAGUUUGAGGAAGCGGUCAGCCGAUGUAUCCCACCUAUUUCGCAGAUGCAACAAAGGACAAUCAUUGACUCAUAAAUCUUCAGACAACAGCUGCAGCGCAGUGCCAAGUUUGUCACAAGAAUCUACUGUUUAUUCAACAUUUCAGCAAUGCCUAAGUCGCCAGAUAUCGGCACCGUUGGAGGAGCGAGUGUUCAAGAGCCAAAUAUCAAUCAACUCAGAACCGGGGACUAGCAUGCGAACGCUAUCGUGCCAAUCAAGUCUGGAACCAUAUCUACAAGAAGAAGAAAGUACUGAACUGGACGUCGAAAGUCAUGCGAUUACAAACGCUAAUUUACCACUUCAAAUACCCACCACAAACAAGUCGGAACCGACCGUAAUUCACAUGCUAGAGUGCAAUAUCGAAAACCGAAAACUUUUCGACAAUAAACAAAAGUCUGAUAAUAAAAAGAAGGGAAUUUAUCGAAGUAAUUCAUCGAGACAGCCAACAUCGACACCAACGUAUGGCACGGAUUUUAAACAAAGUUGUAAAGAUGAUUUGGGAUAUGAUUCGAUUGAAGUCAUCGACGAGAGACGAAAUAAGAAUUUCGAAAAGGCUGGUUUACAGCGUAGCAAUACGACGGUUAUAUACUCAGAGUACGUGCCAUAAAUUUCAACCAUGAUUUUGUUAUCGAUUGGUAGAAGCGAGGGAACGAGAAUUUGUUACGAACGUUUUUUUUUCGUUCUUUGGGUGUGUGGGUGAAAAGGAUUCGGUGAUCCCAAUAAUUUCUAAGGUUAACAUGUAAUAAAUAUGAAAGAUAGUUGCGGUAGCAUGGAUGGGUAGUGAUAUAAUACAAUAAUAUUUGUUGUACGGUUAACUGACUAGUUGUGAGCGAUCUAUCAAUGGCAAUGGCAUGAGACUGUGAAAUUGGCAAAUUCAAUUAGUUCAAUUGGUCCUAUAAAAACAU